UACAACUAAAAUGGCGGCAGCCAGAUUUGUUUCUGUUGAUUAUGAGGUGUUUGGAAGAGUUCAGGGUGUGUUCUUCAGGAAAUAUACACAAAAGGCAGCCAAAGAGUAUGGGCUGGUUGGAUGGGUGAAAAACACAACUACAGGGACUGUGACAGGACAGGUCCAAGGCCCAAGAGAUAAAGUGAUACUCAUGAAGACUUGGCUUAAGACUAAAGGCAGCAAGAGAUCACGAAUUGACAAGUGUGAGUUCACCAAUGAGAAAGCCAUUGAUCAGCUAGGAUUUACUUCAUUUGAUAUUGUGAAAUGA